CAUAGACCCUUGAUCAUGGUGAUCGACCUCGAAAAAGCUUAUACAAGAUUCAAUGUUAUCCUGUUGAAAUAAGGUGCACUUCAAAAAUCCAUAGAAGAGGGUAUUUCGAUGUUGGAGAUCUCAACCUCGUGAUAUAUGACCAUGAAAAAGCUUAUACAAGAUUCAAUCUUAUCAUGUUGAAAUAAGGUGCACUUCAAAAAUCGACAGAAGAGGGUAUUUUGAUGUUGGAGAUCUCAACCGCGUGAUAUAUGACCAUGAAAAAGCUUAUACAAGAUUUAAUCUUAUCAUGUUGAAAUAAGGUGCACUUCAAAAAUCCACAGAAGAGGGUAUUUCGAUGUUGGAGAUCUCGACCUCGUGAUAUAUGUUUUCUAAAAUUUAAUUUUAUAACAAAUUUGAAGAAUGGAAAUCGCAUGUAAACCGCACGAAACCUCGUAUGCAAUAUCUGACGCUCUAGUACCGGGGUCUGAAAGGAAGCAUUGCGUCCGCUGAAGCCUCGCCUCGCCUCGCCUCCCCUCCCAUGAGUAACCUAACCGUAGGCCGGCCGAUUAGACGAUGAAAUCUAAUGGCGAGGGGUAAGAUGCAGCAGAUGGUGGCUUUGGGGGUUCUGAUGAGUGUUGUUACGGGGGUUGGUUUUGGCAUUUUCUAUGUCCACCGUCUCCAAGAAGAGGAGCGACAAAACAUGAGGAGGAGGACAUCCAACGGCCCUCUUCCCAAACCCUAACACCCCCGGUCCUCUUUCUCUUCCCCUCCCCUCCCCUCCCCUCCCCUCCCCUCCAGCUAAUCGCAGGCAACACGUAGAAGGAAGUGGUUAUAUAGGAUUGGUGCACGCACACGCUUACGCUUUUGCAACAGCCAUCUACCCCUCUCCUCUCACACUAUAAAUAAAUAUACAGGUCAUCUCUCCUCCUCCAUUAAUCCUAUGCUCUCAUUUUCAUCCAUGUCUUCUGCUCUCCGCCUCCUCUCACCUCCUGCCAGAGGAAUCUUCUUCCAUUCCUUGAAGAGAGAGAAACAAUGCUAUUCCUACUCAUCUUCAUUAUUAUAUUCCCCUCCUUGCUCUGAAAGAGAGAAACAACCCCCACGCCUUUUGCAACAGAUGCAUCAUUCGGUGCACCUUCCCCACACCAACAAAAACUCCUCUCUCUCUCUACCUCUACCUCUACCUCUACCUCUACCCCUAGGACGAGAUUCUUGGAGCCAAAAGAUGAGAGGCUCCAUGAAAGAUAGCCUUCUCCCAUCUGUACCUCAUGUCAUUGAACAAAUAAGAAUGGGUGUGAGGAAGAAGACAGAGGAAGAAGAAGAGGGUCUCAUUUUGGAGUCCCUGGGGAAGAAACUCAAGGAUUGUCCCCAAAACACUCUCUCUUACAAUGAUUUCAUUGAUCUCUGCAAAAAGCACCACCACCCAUCUUCCCAAAAGCAUGGUAUUGACCACCUUAUUGAGUCUCUAGAUGAGUCAGGUACUGUCCUUAUAGCAGGCAACAGAGUCUUUCUCCACCCAGAGCAGAUCCAACAACAGAUGGAAGAGGUGCUGAUGAGAGGGACAACGAGAUCAGAGGAGAGAAAAGAGCUGGAGAGGUUAGAGAGAGAAUUGAGAGAGAUCGAGGGGCGGGCCAAGAAGCUCGCAAAGAGGGAACUCUGGUGUGGGCUGGGGGUGGUUGUGGUUCAGAGCUUGGGGCUCUUUAGGCUCACAUUUUGGGAUCUUUCAUGGGAUUUGAUGGAACCCAUUUGCUUUUAUCUGACCUCUCUAUAUGGUUUAGGGGCCUAUGCUUUGUUCAUGGCCACCUCACAGGAGCCUUCCAUGGAGGGGUUGUUCUCUUUCAGGUUCAAUGCUCGGCGAAUGGCUCUUAUGCGAAAGCAUAACUUUGAUCUCCAAAGACGAAAUUUGCUGCAGUGUGUAGUGCUGCUUGGUUGUCACAAUAGAGGAGCAUGGAUUGCGAGUGUCUUAUGCCUAGGUCAACAAGAAGAUACUUGAGCCAAGGGAGCUCACAAGCAGUGGUAGCCAUGGAGCGAUAUUCUGUUUCUGCAGAAAAACGAGAUAUGACCUUUUGCUUCUUAGUGAGUCAUGAUAUAAGAUUGUUGCCAAGAAAAGUUAUAUAUCCCAUUGUGGUAUGUUGGGUCCUUGGAUAACUCGCCUAGUGGGAAUCGCAAAACGCGGAUAGUUGCAUGUUGUUGGUGGAGGAAAGUAAAUUCCUUGUGCGGGUGUGUGUUUUAAAUAACGUAAAACAUGAUGAGUUGCUUCAA